UCUACAGGCCAAGAAAGCCGGCUUCACUCGCAGUCCACCGCAUGGCAGCGGCGCGCGCGUUUUGUUUUUGUAUUGUUGUAUAUGUUAUUAUCGAUUAAUUUAACGAUAGUACAUUACGUUACGAUUGAAUACCUUAUCUGUGAACCGACAUUGUGUUGUUGAUCAAGGAUUGUAGUGCGACUUCUUACUUGGAUAUCGACAAGUGAAUGGCACACCCAUGGGUUACAAGUGGCUGGUGCUAUGGUCAUUAUGGGCCGCUCGGCUAGUUCGGCAGCCGUCGGCUCCCGUUCGGAUCAAGUCGGGUUGGUUGCGCGGCUCCGUAGCCAACGACGGCUCUCAUGAAGUGUACUACGGGAUCCCUUAUGCUGCUGUACGACACAGAUUUCAGAGUCCAGAUCCACCACCAAUAUGGGAAGAUACCUUCGAAGCUGUCAAUGAACACAUCAGGUGUACACAAAGAUUUUCUAAAGACUCCGUCAAAGGCCGAGAAGAUUGUCUCACUAUGAACAUCUACACACCAUUACGAAAAUCUGAGACACUUUAUCCUGUUAUGGUCUUCAUUCACGGAGGAGGAUUCAGGGACGGAUCUGGAUCUCCUUUCAUCUACGGAGCAGAGUAUUUAGUUGAACGUGGAGUCGUACUAGUCACCUUCAAUUAUAGACUUGAAAUAUUAGGUUUUCUAUGCUUAGGCAUUAAAGAAGCGCCUGGUAAUGUUGGCUUGAAAGACCAAGUUGAAGCUCUUAAGUGGGUUAAGAGGAAUAUCAGAGUAUUUGGUGGAGAUCCGGAUAAUAUCACGAUUUUUGGGGAAAGUGCUGGUGCUGCUUCAGUUAUGUAUCAUAUGGUGUCACCUCUGUCUAAAGGGUUGUUCAACAAAGCGAUCUUACAGAGUGGAUCAGCAAUUUCACAUUGGAGUUUGCAAAUGGAUCCAUUAAAAACAGCCAGCCUACUCGCAGCACAAAUGAAUUUUCAUACAAUCAAUCCUAUUGAAUUAUACAAUUUGUUCAAAGAUCUGCCAGUGGAGAAAUUAUUGUCAACUCGUGUACCUAGAACAAAAGGAAAUAUGUUAUUAUCUGAAAAUAUUUUCGUUCCUUGUGUUGAGAAGAAAUUUGAUGAUGUGGAGCAAUUCUUGCCUGAUACUCCUUACAAUUUAGUUAUUAGUGGUAGAUAUAAUAAAGUUCCAGUGAUAAUAGGCCAUAAUAACGCAGAAGGCUAUAUGUUCAGUGGAAGAGAAAACGAUACAAUGAUAGAAAACAUGAACUGUUACGACAGCUUGCCAAGAGACCUAGAAUUCCCUAAUGACGAGGAAAAAGUGAAGACUGCAAAUAGAUUUAAAGAAUAUUAUUUGGGUAGUGAUGAAGUAACAAAAGAUACAAUGCCAAAAUUUUCCUUUUAUCAAGGCGAUUCGAGUGUUAGUUAUCCUGUUAUAUUUACCACUGAACUUUUUUUGAAAACAUCUGAAAACCCAGUAUUUUCUUACAAGUUUUCUUACGAUGGUUGGAUGAAUGUAGCUAAGAUGUUAUUUGGGUACCCAUCGUCACCAGGUGCCACACACGCAGAUGAGUUGUUUUAUAUGUUUAGACUCAAAUUGCCUCUAGUCACCGCCUUCGUUGAGAAGUCUAUCAUCAAACAAAUGGCUACAAUGUGGACUAACUUUGCAAGAUACAGUGAUCCGACACCGGAAAUGACGUCACUGCUGCCGAUGAAGUGGAAACCAACAGCGAAGGAAGACCCUAAACUACUGGUCAUAGACAAACAGUUUUCUACCGAACCUCUUUGGUACUCUGAAGUGAUUCUCUUCUGGAAUGAAACGUAUUCUAAAUAUAGGAGAAAAAUAUAGUGGAAUAAACAUACAUACAUAUCUAAUCUACAAAUUGUCGUACCUAUUGUAAAUACCUAGUAAAUUAAUCUUGUCCGGAUUAAGACUGAUAUUUUAUGUACAAUGUUAUAUUGUUGAAAUAAAUAAAUGUUUAAUUUCAAAA